AUCUAUAAAGAAAACGGCGGUCCUCUGGCAGAAUGUUUCCCGAGAAAUGUAGGUUGCUUUUCUUCCGCGCAUCACACGAGACGCGAUCGUGGUGUGACAUCACACAUUUCAGUUGGAACACAUCCAAUCCCCUGCAGAGGAUGCUGGGCGUGAUGCGGGAAGUACUAUCAACAGCACGGGAAUUGUUCCCGCAUCUUGUCCACAAAACAAGGGUUACGAUGGUUUAAUAUCUAGGCCAAUCUAUGCUAUCGAUGAAGCCGGAGGGGUUUGAGAACGGAAGCAAAAGGCGUGUCAGAAGGACAAUGUAUUGGGGGUUUGGGUUCUCCUCUUCCCGGCCGUGCGUCGUUGAUCUUGGCCGGAAUCAGAGCUUCUCCUUCGGGUUGUGUGACUCCGAUGAGAACUACUCAUUUUAUGGCUACAUUGUUGCCUUCCCUCUGCAGGACUACAGUGGGAUUAUGUCGGGGCUGGGAUCCGACUCAUGGUGGAAGAGAACCCUUUAUUUGGCUGGUGGCGCCUUGCUAGCCGCCGCUGCCUAUCUCAUACACGAGCUGCUGGCUAUCAGGAAGGAGCAGGAACUGGACUCCAAAGAUGCCAUCAUUCUCCACCAGUUCUCCCGGCCCAGUCAUGGGGUCCCCAGCCUCUCCCCCUUCUGCCUGAAGAUGGAGACUUACCUGCGCAUGGCAGGCCUGCCCUAUCAGAAUUAUUUCGAUGGGAAGCUGUCUCCUCAGGGUAAGAUGCCCUGGAUUGAGUACAACAGCCAGCAGGUGUCAGGCACGGAGUUCAUCAUUGACUUCCUGGAGGAGCAGCUGGGAGUGAACCUCAACAAGAGCCUGAGCCCCCAGGAGAGAGCAGUGUCCCAGACCAUCACUAGGAUGGUGGAGGAGCACUUAUACUGGACCAUAGCAUACAGUCAGUGGGUGGACAACCUGGAGAUAACUCAGGAGAUGCUGGGGUUUACUGGGCCCCUGAGUGACCUGCUGAAGUGGAUCUUCAGCCGCCUGACCAGCAGCAUCGUGAGGCGAGAGAUGUAUAGCCACGGCAUUGGACGCUUUUCCAGGGAGGAGGUGUACGCCCUGAUGGAGAGAGACAUGCGCACGCUGGCCACCUUCCUGGGUGAUAAGAAGUACAUCAUGGGGCAGAAAAUGUCAACUGUGGACGCCACAGUGUUUAGCCACCUCUCCCAGGCCAUGUGGACCCUGCCCGGGACAUGGCCUGAAGAGCUGAUCCAAGAUGAGCUGGUGAACCUGGCCAUGUACUGCGAGCGGAUUCGCCGGCGCUUCUGGCCGGAGUGGCUGGCGGACUGCGACGGCUCCUCCUCAGACGACGUGAGCGAGGACAGCGGGGCCCCCUCCCAGCUGCUGGACUUCUGGCUCUUCUCUCCCGCCGGGACCUCCGAAGAGGAGGCCACGGACUGCAGCCUCUCCUGCUCUGUGACGCCCGACUCGGACCGCAGCGCCGCUACGCCCUCCGACUCCCACGCGGACACGGACGCCUCCGAACACGAGCAGGAUGAGUGUUAACGCUGCCCCCGCGUGCCACGCGGCCCUGGGGUGUAUGUCACCCACCGCAGGAGGUGGACAGGUCUUUUUAAAUGUUUGUUUAAUUUUGUAUACAGUGCCUGCUUGAGCUUUCAGCAACUGGCACAGCUGGAGUUAGGAGUGAUGUCACUCAGCUGAGCGCCAGGGCGGGGCUUGGGUUCAGGGGCGGGGGGAGCCCUGUUGCUGGGCAGAGCAGUGUUAAAUGAGCAAUGUUAAACAUCCGGUCAGUGAUGGUGACCACUGCCAAUGAAUAGGACCAUCUUGCUUUUACAUUUUCCUACUUGAAUACUUGAAGUAAACAAGACUUAUGUUGUAAUAUUUCUUUUAUACACCAUUUUAGCUUGAUACAUAUUCUCAAUCUCCUGUGAAAUGAACCUUUUGAAUGGAUCAGUAAUAUAAUUUAAGAAGUACUACGCGUAUGUGUCUGUCUGUCUGUCUGUUUGUUUAAUUGAAAACCUGAGGAAUUAGCAGAGCUCUUUCUGCGACCCUUGCAGGUUUUUGUGUGUUUGAGUGUUAUUUUGACACACCCUGUGGGUGUUUGAUUUAGAAACAGCAGAAAUGUUCCUGAGAUACUGGCAGCUCUGUUCCAAUCAUUUUGAUAUCAGUUCUGCUCAUUAGCAGAGUCUUAUUACACAAUUAUUGUUAUGUGUGUUUAAGCACUGUACUGUAGAUGCAAAAUUGUAUAUGAACUAAGAAGUGAUAAGACUUAUGAAUAUACAAUAAGCUAGAUAAGUUUAGACAUUGUGUAAAAAUGCCCAUAAUAUAUUUCAUUAAAUAGAGCUGUGACAAUUGUAUCAAGAAGUAUUCUUAA